AUGAAGAUGCUUAAGAACAUGGGCUACAAAGGAGGUGGACUUGGCAAGAACGAGCAAGGGAUUCUCGGUCCUAUUGAAGCUAAGUUGAGGCCAAAAAAUAUGGGUAUGGGUUUUAAUGAUUACAAAGAGACUGAAAUCAAGCGGUCUAGCGUGCAAGAAUUGGAAGCUGAAAAGCCAAACAAGCCUUUGCCCACUGCCAAUGCCACCAACACCACCAAAAAGAGGCUUUCCUGGAAAAAGGCCGUGGCCAACAGGGCUAACAAGGAUCAGUAUGUCUCUGCCAAGGAGUUGUUAGCCAAGAAGCAGGAAGAGAGUACUGAGGUCUUUGUGCACAAGGUAGUUGAUAUGCGUGGACCCCAGGUUCGAGUCUUGACCAAUUUGGAGAAUUUGAAUGCCGAAGAGAAAGCCAGGGAAGAGGAUGUUCCCAUGCCUGAGCUACAGCAUAACUUGAGGUUGAUUCUGUACUUAGCUGAGCUCGAUAUCCAGAAGAUUGAUAGGGAUCUGAGGAAUGAGAGGGACACAGCGAUCAGCUUGAACCAGGAGAAAGAGAGGCUGGCAACGAAGGUGGCCAGACAUAAGCAACACUUGGAUAGCUUGGAGGAUAUUAUGAGUGUGUUAGACCGACUGGGAGAAGUGAAUGUCAUGGGAACAUUGACGCUGGAGUUACUGGCAAAGGGCUUUGGUGACCUGCAAAAGAGAUACGCUGACGACUAUAAAAUAUGUAACUUGUCGUGCAUUUCGUGUUCUUUUGCUCUGCCUCUGUUUAUCAGGAUGUUUCAAGGUUCGGAUCCUCUUAGGAACCUUACGCAUGGAUUGAAUGUGGUAUCCUCAUGGAAGCAUUUGCUUCAUGGAGAGGGGGAGAGAGAACAGUACCUUGAUAUCUUUGAUAAUACAAUGUCGCCUUAUACCCAGUUGGUUUCCGAGGUUGUGGUACCCGCAGUGAGGAUUGCUGGCGUCAAUGCAUGGCAAGCCAAGGACCCUGAACCCAUGCUUCGCUUUUUGGAGUAUUAG